AUCCGAGACUAAUCAAAUCGGGUACGGGUUCAACUUACAGAACCCGAAUGGAUUUUGUAGUAGAAGAGAAGAGGCACAUAUCUGUGAUUUUUGUUUUCGUACCCGAAACCCGAUCCGAAUUGACCCGUCCUUCCAAGUUCCUACCACUAAACUAAACAGUGUUGAGCAUUUACUAAGGUUUAUAACGAGGCAAAAUUGAAACCCUCACUUGUGUUGGCGAAGAAAACGACGACGGACGGAAGUCUUGUUCGAGUGAGAGUGCAAAUGAACAACAGUUCGCCGGCGUUGACACUUCCGUCGGAUACGUCGCCGUCAGUGGUGAACAUGUUCAGAAUCAACAAAGUUGCUGACCGUUUGGCUUGGAUUGCUCAACCUGGCAACCGAGGCGAGCCUCACGAAUUUUACAACCUCUGCCUCUCGCUCUCUCGAGGCAUUGAUUAUGCACUUGCCAAUGGCGAAACUCCACCCAAGGCUCAUGAUCUGCCACUACUCGUGAAACAGAUAUGUCAACUAAAAAAUGAUGAAUGUUCGCAAGCAGCUAUGAUGGUAUUGCUGAUAUCUAUAAAGAAUGCUUGUGAAAUUGGAUGGUUCCAAACCAAAGAAUCUGAAGAACUUGUUAGUAUUGCUGAUGAGAUCGGAAAGGUCUACAGCAGUUUGGGGACUAUAAAUGUCAGACCUAGAUCUUGCAGUACUGUAAUAUCAACAAUAAUGCAGAAAUUCUAUCCUAAAUUUAAAUUGGGUCCUAUACUUGCAUCGAUUGAAGCCCAGCCUGGAUAUGGAGCUUCUGCGGUUGAUUUUCAUAUUACCAAGAGUGAAGUUCUUAAAGACAAAAUUUUUUUAUUGGUGGCACAAACAGAUAACAUUGAGACACCCGCAUGCCUCAUAAGUCCUCAGCAAGUGAAUUUUCUCCUCAAUGGAAAAGGAGUACUCAAUAGGACUAAUGUUCAAAUGGAUCCUGGAGCACAGGUGCCAACUAAUGUGACUGGUAUGCUUAAAUUUGGGACAAAUCUUCUUCAAGCUGUGGGUCAGUUCAAUGGUCGUUAUGUUGUACUUGUUGCCUAUAUGAGUGUUACACCUUUGCUUGAGGAUCCAGUUCUUCAAGAUUAUCUUCAGCCUGCUGUUACAUCUGUUGAUUUAGAUUCAGAUAUUAUUGAGGGGGCUUCACGGAUUUCACUUAAUUGUCCAAUAAGCUUUACACGUAUCAAGACUCCUGUUAAAGGGCAUUCAUGCAAACAUUUCCAGUGUUUUGACUUUGACAACUUCAUUAAUAUAAAUUCAAAAAGGCCAUCCUGGCGCUGCCCUAGAUGCAUUCAGAAUGUCUGUUAUGCUGAUAUUCGUCUUGACCGAAACAUGGUUGAGAUCCUGAAAAAUGUUGGUGAGAACAUUACGGAAGUGAUUGUCUUUGCUAAUGGAUCAUGGAAGGCAGUCUUGGAAAAGGAUCAUGAUGUGGAUAAGAUGCAGAAGAAGGCACCCAAUUGUGAAAAAGAACAAACUCAACCACAAGAAUCUACUUGCCCUCCUAGUACUGUUGACCUCACUAAAGAUGAUGAUGGUUUGGAUACAGUGGGCUCUUGUGAUAUUGUAGAAAGAAAACCUCCCCCGGCAUCUAUUCAUAGUCAUUUUGUCUCCCCAAAUUUAACUUCCUUGGGUAUGAACUCUACUGGUGUUAAUCAAAAUGUUGCCGCUCAAACGGAUGACUUUUGGACUGGAGUUUAUAUUGGCCGUAGUAGUUCUGAUACCCCAACAGUUGGUAACUCCGAGCUACCUGUUCUGCCCGAUACUGUUUCUCCUGCAUUUAGUCAGGAAUCUGCAGGUCGUGACAAUAACCCUGUUGUUAAUUCUGCCAUGCAUAAUCAAUUUUCGGGACCAAGCAACUUGCAGAUGCAGAUGAAUCAUAUGAAUUCAGUUAACGAGUAUGGUAGGUCAUCCUCAGCGCCAAGACAUAUUCAUAGGACUCCGGUAGCUGUUCAGGCCCUCCCAGUUCAAUCUCAGGCAUUGGGACCACAGGAAAAUUCAAUAACUAAUUUGAAUAGUUCCUUGCUACCUAGCAAUUCCUCUGCUGCUCCUCAUAUUUCUUUGUCCAACCCUGCCUCUGUAGAUACUUUGAAUGCCAUACUAAGUGAUACGGAAAGACAACAACAUUUUUCUCGAACUCCAGUGAAUCCGCCUCAGGUCUCAGGUGUAAAUUCACCUGCAUUUCAGCAUCACACUGCAACCCAGAAUCGGGUACCUCUUAUAAAUACGUCAGUGCCAACUCAACCGCAGAAUCAAUACAGAGCAAAUGUGUUUUCUGAAUUUAGAAAUUCGCAUCUGCAGCAAGCUUUGAAUCGCUGGCCACCCCCAUCAACAUCAUCUAAUACCCAGUGGUCCCACAUCCAGCAAAGUGUUCCACAAUCUGGGAAUUUUCAGGUAGCAGCCAGGGGUGGUGCACUGGCUGCCAGACAAGGUAGUUCCCAUGCUAGGAAUGUUCCGACAGCUGGAGCUACUACUCAUAGGGGUAUGGUUCCUAACCAACCUGCCAGAUGGACGCAAUCUGUUUCGGUUCAAAAUCUAAGUACUGUAGCAGGCACACCUUUCCAGGGGUUAACAGGAGAGCAAAGAGGAAAUACAGCACAGUCAGUUUCUAGGCCUGAAGAAUUAUUCAGUCCGCAAUCAGAACAGAAUUGGACUCCCACUGGACGAAUGCGUGGAAGUCUAGAUUUAAGUCAGCUUUACGAUGAGUCUAUUGCACAGCGAAUAAUUACGCCAACACAAGGUCAAAAUUCAAAGCCACCAGGUCCACAACCCGUCCGACGGACUGGUAUUUCCUCUUUGCAACCCGCCACGACCCAACUGGAUGUGCUUAUUGCAAACAAUAGAAAUGCAAAUGCUCAUAAUCGUUCUUCCAGUAGAUAACAUUUCUGCAUGGCUCCACUUGCACAUUUCUGCAUAGGCUGUAAAUACAGUUAUCUAGUCACAAUAUAUAUUUUGACUAUAACCAGACGGACAUAUCCAAGGUUUUUUAUUCUUAUUUUUUAUGGAAGUCUCAUGGUUUUCAUUUGUUCUUUGAAA